GCAGUUCAGUGACUCGUGGGCCGCCGCACUGAGCGGACGUACGUGCGACGCUCGCUACUAUCCUCCAACACGUUACGAACGCAACCUUCGGCGUGGAACUGUAUUUUGAAAUUGUGUGUGUUCUCGAUUUGAAAAUUAUCUGACAGUGACAGGAGUGUGACCAGUGUUUUUGAGGAAUUCCGUUACUUUGCCUUUGGGAUGAAACUGAUUUUAUUGUAAUAUUUUGAUUUUAUUAUUGUGUGCAUGUGGACGGAUCAGUGAACCUUUGGAUUGCGAUUUGGACCUGACGGAACGUUGCAUGACAGCGCGUGGUGACUCCCUGCCCCAUGUGUUCACAUGGACACCUGCCUUCCAGCAUAGCAAUACACCACCAGGCUCUAUGAUAUGGCGCGAUACAAGUGACCAUAUCAAUCGCAUGAUCGAGUGGGAGCUGUUGGUUAGAUAGCAGGGUGAGCGUGUGCGCAAGUGGGCGAGCGCCGCGCUGCCUCUAUGCUGUAUCGACGCAGAUUUGACAUUCACCGGGACGUCGCCAGGUGAUCUCGGUGCAUUGUCGCCGUCACAAUUACAACACAUUACACUAAAGCAAGCUGAAAAUAAGAAAAAUACCGCUUUACCAGUAAACUCAAUGUCGCUGCUGAAGAGAAGUGGAUUACGAGGAGUGAGGUAACCUGGCCGGGAGGAGGACAAGCAAGACGAACAAGCAGAGCCAUCUGUCGUCCAGCGGCAACAAAAUCAAACCGAAAUGUGUUCCCCCGUAACUAAGUACCUAGAAUUCGCGUAAUACCUACAUCGAAUAAUGUACGUUCCGUCCAAGAAGCUGCCAAACAUUUUGAACGAAUUUAUUAGUGUAAAUACAUUUUUGGACUAUUUAUAUUUGUGUAUAGUUCGCGAGUGUUCGCGAGUGUAAGAGUGGUGUGAAAGCGCCACCUAGUGUUUAAAAGUGACAAAGGUGGCGGGGACGCAUGCGCCAUCGGGACAGGCGCUGGCGAUGCCAUUUAUUGAAGACGAAUGGUGGUCCGCCGAGAAUGAGGGCAGGAUGGUCGAUCUCUCCAAUUGCCUGCAGUUCCAGGACGCGGUAGUGGCAGCUGGUGGCCAAGCGGCCGCCCAACUCCAACAAAUGGCGACAUCUCUCGGGGACCUCUCGCAAGCCGAGCUGACCAACAUCGUCGGCGGGCUCACGCUAGAGCCCGACACCGGCGAGGCGGCGGACCCUGACGACAUCCUCAAACAACUGGGAGAGACCGCUUUCGACAACUUUGAAACGUUUUUUACGGAUCUAACGAAUGCCACCGCGUCUUCAGUACCGCCUAUUGAAAUUAAGCAAGAAGAAAACAACAACAUAUCAUCGCCAGCGUCCAGCAGCCAACUCCAAGGCUACUAUCAACAAAACAGUCAAUUAGCACUGCCAAACAACGGCCAGCAACGGUUACAGCAGUUGUUGAGAUCGGGUACGAGUGCUAUCAACAGUGCCGUGACAAACAACAUCAACAAUGGCCGAUAUAACAUCGCUUCCGCGAAUCCUUUGCUUGCUGAGAAACUAUCAGCGUCACCUAGCGGCAUCAAACAAGAACCAAUCAGUUCGGAUUACAACACGACGAGUAUGAACUACGGGAGCGCGUCGCCGAUGCAGAGGAUGCCGAGCGGGAAGCCGCAGGUGCAUGAUGCUGGAGGAGGUAAAGGUCUGCACGGGCCACGAUGGCCGCUCGCGGUGCAUAUGCGUGCAUACACCAGCAUAGUGGACGGCGAGCCGGCCGGCCUGCCGCUCAGCACGCGCAGCUCGCUCAGCCGGGCCCUGCUGCUGCUGGCCCCGGGCCCCACCGCCAGGCACCAUCUCUACACAGCCCCUAACACAGGUUCCCUCCCCCCCUCGCCGGCAGACAGCGGCGUGUCCGACGUGGAGUCCUCCUCGUCGGGCGCCGGCUCCGCCGAAGAGCUGAAAGCCCGCCUGCAGCCGCCCCCUCCCGCGCCCUUCCACGCGCCAUUCCUGCCCUUCUACCAGCACCACCAGAUCGCCAACACGCUGCAACACCAUGCCAACGCACACCCCAGACCACCAGUGGGCGGCGUGAAUGAGCGCGACGCGUACGGCUACGGGUACGGCGGCGGGGGCGGCGGCGCGCACCACUUCGCCGCUCCGGCGCCGCCGCCGCUCCCGCACGACGAGCUCCCCUACUCGGUGUUCGACUUCGGCGACUACCAGCGGCAUCACCACCACAACAAGCUCAAGCCCAAGAAGAGGCCGCGCACCGACGCGCCUCCCACGCCCGGCGUGAAGCGCAAGAGCCGCGAGGGCUCCACCACGUACCUCUGGGAGUUCCUGCUCAAGCUGCUGCAGGACCGGGAGUACUGCCCGCGCUUCAUCAAGUGGACGAACCGCGAGAAGGGCGUGUUCAAGCUGGUGGACUCGAAGGCGGUGUCGAGGCUCUGGGGGCUGCACAAGAACAAGCCCGACAUGAACUACGAGACGAUGGGCCGCGCGCUGCGCUACUACUACCAGCGCGGCAUCCUGGCCAAGGUGGACGGGCAGCGGCUCGUGUACCAGUUCGUGGACGUGCCCAAGGACAUCGUCGAGAUCGACUGCUCGCUGGCGUAGACGAAUCUCGAGUGACACGCGUGACGGGACCGUGGUGACGUGUGACGUGCGAUGAGUGACGCGGCGGCGCGCCGCAGUGCCGCAGUGCCGCAGUGCCGCAGCGCCCAGUGCCGCGGUGCAGGACACUAUCUCAUGCGUACCGCCGUGACGCGACGGUGGGCGGUGGAGAGGACGCGUAUUCAUUUCGCUCUUACAUUACAAGUUUUUCACUAAUAGUUACAAUUCGUCUAUUUUUCAAAUCAUCAUGCAUUACGUUUUUCAGAUCGCUUCUAUAUAAUGUUAUUAAUAUAAAUAUUACUCUCAAAUCGAACUAAUAUUAACUUAUCAUUGAAUUUAAUAUUUAUACAAAAAUAGGAGAGACGAAAUUGAUUGCUCAAAUGUUUAUAUAGGUACCUAUUUUUAGGGGUCUUUCAGAAGAGGAACACUAAAUUUGCUAGAUGUUAUAUGGGGACGGAGUGAGUUUUGUAUAAUGUUGAAACGAAUUUUUAAAUGUUUGUAAAUGAAAUUUCUAUAUAUUGCAUGUUUAAGGUCGAUUAUACAUUUCCUCGGUCGACUGUACGCAAUCAGAACUUCCUACCUCAAAACUACGCAAAACGUUACAAAUGAUUCAUAUGAAUAUACAAUUUACAUUGUUCGAGACAGUUUACAAAUCGCAAUAAGAAUAUAUAUAUAGUCUAAAUAAGAGUUUAUUAUAAAGAAAUAUUUACGUAAAUGUUUAUAUUACAAGAUAUCUUAUAGUACCUAAUAUCCUCAGAUGAAAUAUAUUCCCUUCUUGGUGCUUUGUAUGGCCAUCUCAUAUUUACACAUUGUUACAAUGGAAGCAACCACACGCUGUUGAUUUAUAUAUUAUGUAUAUUAUAUGAACAUUAGUAGUUGUCUAUUAUCUAGCUGUAAUCUGUUUCCAAGAGCGCGCCCCGAGCGAGCGAGCUAGCGCUGCCGGCCGGGCCCGCUCGGGCCGCGCUCUUACGUCGCAUAGUCUAUCUCAUUGUUUUAGGUACAUUUCGAAACCGAAUUUGGAAAUGAUAUUAGAUUGCAAAAAUUCAUUUACACAAACGUUUUAACGUAAUACUACGCAUGUACUGAUAAACCUACUGCCAACUUUCUGAUACAAACUGACAUAAUGAUUAGUUAAGGGAUGAUUUUGUGCGUUACUUGUGUUAAUUAUAAAUAUAUGUUUACUGUAAGUGAGCUGUUUAAGUGGACAUGUUCUAGUUUAUUUCGUUUAUUUAAAAUUAUAUUAAGCAUGUUGCGAGGGGGUUGCGCGCACUACAUCACGACUACAACUACAUAUCAGAGAGAAACAAUUAUUUACUGUGUAUACAUAUACAUCCUGUUUUGUCAGCAUAUCAAGCCGCUUGUAUAUAUAUCUUAUAUUUGUUUAGUUGAACGGCGCGCAACCUCCAUUUUUUGUUACCUGAAUAAAUAUUAUUAAUAAUUAAUUACGAUUUGUGGUCCAAUGUUAAUGAAUCAUAAUACUAUUAACUAGAUAGAUAUAAAAGAAAGAUCGAGUAAGGUGUAGCCUAGUUCACUUCGACAUAUAGACAGAUAUAAUUGAUGUUUCAUUCAAUGCAAAGACAAAUUGAUCCUUCUAUGUAUACAAUAAAGUUUGUUUAUAAUAGUAAAUGUACGUAAGCGGAGGAAUUGUUAGUUGGCGUCGUGUCAAUAUAAUUGUGGACCACACGUGCGCCCCAGCCGCCUCCAGCCCCGCACUCUUGUUGUCCCGCUGACUGGGACUGUAGUUUUGCAAUAUUUUUAUAAUCAAAGUAAAGGAUAUAUGUGGAGUAAAAUGUUAGUGUGCAAGUGUCCGGUCGCCUAGCGCACGGAGGGCACGUGUGGUCUCGGACUGUGAGGGUCAGAGGAGCCUUAGGAGAGUGACAGUGUCGGGUACGAAGGGUGCUAUGUUGAGGGACCGCGCUCGGGAGAGGCUCGCACUCAAUACAAUAAUAUAUUAGACCAGUCCAACCGAUAUACAGGUGUUAAACUAUAUAUUAAAUAAACCAGUGCGAUAAGUGACUUUUGUAUAGGUGAAAGAUCUCAGUAUCCAAACUUCUUCGAACAAAACCAGUGGCCGUUUCAUGUGAUUGAAAAUAAUAUAUUUUAAAAACUAAAUUGUGGAAUUUUAAUCGUAUUUUUAUAUAGCUAGAUGGAAUUCUCAAUAAUUUUCUGUUCGGCACUACUUCUUAUGCUUUUGUAAAUAUAAUUAUAGGAGUUAAUUUAUUUAUUUAGUCUGUCACGCGAGUGGCGCCCACUGGCGUCGGCGAAGGCAUUCAAUUCUUUUCCUUUUUAGGAAAUUUCGUUCUGUAGGUUACAAAUUUUAUUGUAAAAUAUCUUUAUUAACUAAUUAGUAGGUAAUGAAUGGACCAUGGGAUGGAAGGUGAACGCUCUCAGAAUUUAUAAUUCGGCUAGUGUGAGUCCUAAUCGACAAUGUGAGAUGCUAGUUACCGGUAGUAUGCAAAAUGUUUGAGCAAGCAUUUAAAAAAAUGCUCGGAGAGUUUAAAUAAUUUUAGUCGAAUUGAUGUUGUUGAAUUAAAAUCAAAGUUUCUAAUUAAUAAUGUACUUAAAUUUUCAAUGUAAAUUUUAAAGGCACCUUGAAAAAAAAAUAUUAUUAAUGAAAUUAUUUUAAAUUGAGCCUAGUCUUAGUAUCAUAAUUUGAUUUUAAAUUAUAAUAUCAGACGCCGCAUUGGUACGAGGCGUCGUCGUAACCGCGGUCUCCUGUCGGGGCCGCGCAUGUUUAGCGUCGAAAUUAAUGUAAAUACAAAAUAUAUAAUGUUAAUGAUCCAAACGCACACCCUCACGACCCAUGAACGACUAGUUAUUGGCGUCGCUAGUUAGGUGAAAUAUGAGAAUAUUUUGCAAGGAAGCAAUGAGAAGGUUAGUGAAUUCGGUGAUAGCGGGAGAGGGCGCUGCGCUCGCUCGUCGGCGGCAGACAGCAUAAUUACGUGUUUUAUCGUUAAUUACUAUUUCAAUGUACGUAUUCCUGUUUGUCGAUAAAUUAAUGUCCAAUAUUCGAAUACGUAAUUCAUUCCGGAUGAGAGUGGUGUGUUACAUUUGUGUAGACAACGAGUUUUAGGUGAAUGAUGAACUUUAGUUUCAGCUACUCGCUCAUAGAUGGCGCUUUCGUUACGCUUUUGUCAACGUUUUAACAAAAUUCACGUCUAUUCUGAGAGUUGCGUGCGAUUACAGUGAUUUUGCGUUAUACUUGCUUUUAGUUUUAUGCAGUUAAAGUCCGAUAUUGUAAUGUAAUUUUAUUUAGUUGUUAAUUUUACAAAAUACUGUAUUUUCUGCCCCCCUAGUUAAGUUAUUUUUCUAUGUAUAGUUAGUUAUAAGUGUAAAUGAAUUAGCACAUAAAUUUGAUGCAUGAUGAUAAUGUUAAUAAAAUAUCCACAAUAAAAUCCAAA